AUUCCACAAAGGCAUAGUCCCAAAUCAUUCUAUUCAUUGCUUAGUUCCACCAUGAUGCAUUUCGUUCUAUUGUUUGGACUUCUGAUAGUAGCAUGUUUUAGUGGUUUUCAAGCUGAAAAAGCCUUCUCCGAGUAUUGGGAAGAACGCAUUGGUCUUCCACACCCGCCACAUUGGUUACUUGCAAAGGCUUCUCCAUUGAGCCCCCAUCAAGUGGCAGUGUUUAUGAAACUUAUGGAUGCAAAUGAAUUGGCUUCCCACAUGCAUUCCUUUUGUAAGCAAACUAAUGUUGCUUGUUCUACAAAUGCACUGGCGAAGAAGAGAACAGACGACACAACCCUGCCACCUAUAGCCCAGUGGAAUGCUUUGAGAAUUGUUUAUGAACACCUUCCAAAUGAAGUACCAAUGUCGGUUGCCAGCCAAGGGGGAUUGCCAUUUUUUCGGGAAUCAAUGGUUCAAGAGGGAGGUUUCAUGCCAAUCUCUGAUCUAAGGGAUCCAAUGUCAUACAAAUCAUUCUUACCACGUUGUUUGGCAUCAAAAAUCCCAUUUUCCUUUUCCCAGAUUGAGGAAAUAAAAAAGUUUUUUGGUGUGGGAAAUGAAUCAAACAUGAAUGAGUAUAUUCAAGAUACAAUCAAGAUAUGUAAGAAGAGCCCCAUUCUCGGCAAGCAAAGCACAUGUGCAACUUCUGCUGAGGAUCUCAUCGAUUUUGUUAUUGAGGAAUUAGGGCAGCAUGUACACAUAUGGAGUACAGAGAGCAUAGAAGGAUCUUAUGAGAAUGUCACAAUUGGAGAUAUAAAACUCAUUUAUGGAAACCUUUCUGAACCACCAGCCUUAUGUCAUAGUCUACCAUUCCCAUUUCAAAUAUAUUAUUGCCAUGUUUUACAGAAAGUAAAAGUAUUUGCAGUUGAUAUACAUGCUAGGAAGAAAGUGAAUCAUGCAAUCAUGGUAUGUCACUAUGAUACAUCAACAUGGAAUCCAAACCAUUAUGCUUUUAAGAUGCAUGGUUUUGGCCCAGGUCUAAUUGAAGUAUGUCAUUGGAUAAAUGAGAAUGCAAUGGUUUGGACAAAGUCUCAAGGUUGAUUAUCUUUAGUUCUUUUGUUUGUGUUACAUGCUACUGCUCAUGUUAUUUGAAGGAUAAGUAAUGAACUAUUUUGACUGGCAUUUUAUGUCA